AUGUUCUUAGAGUUGAUUCAAAUCCUAUACAAAUAUGAUUCUGUUUUAAAAUCUCAUAUUGAUAGUGGUCCUAAGAAUGUAAUGUACACAAAUGAAUCCAACGACAUAGGUCACCACGAGCAACUUUCUAUAGUUUUUCGCUAUUUUGAUACCAAAACAAACCGUCCAAUAGAAAAAUUUAUUAAUUUGAGACGUAUGUUGUCUGUAGAUUCAGAAUCAAUUUUUAAUGCACUUAAUGAUGUAAUUACUUGUCAAUUUAUGUUGAAUUGGAAGAAUGUAGUUGCAGUAUGUUUUGAUGGAGCAGCAACUAUGGUAGGUAAUAUUAACGGCGUACAAGCCAAAUGCAAGAAUAAAAAUAAAAAUAUUUUGCAUGUCCACUGUUACAAACAUUGCUUAAAUUUAACUUUAUUGGAUGCUGUUUGUGUUAAUGCAAAGUAUAGUGAAGUAAAUAAAUGUGUCAUUGAUUUUCUUGUGACGGUAAAAUUUAUUUAUUCUUUUAUUGAAGGGAGUCCAAUACGACAUGCAGUAUUUGAAAGAUUUGCCAAAUUAGAUGGUGCUAAAGUACAAACAUUGAAAUCGAUGUCUCAAACUAGGUGGGCUUGUCGCGCUGAUGCAGUGAAUGCAGUUAAAAACAAUUACAAAACUUUAUUAAGUACUUUAGAAGAAAUAAAUUCCAAAUGUUUGGUACCUGAAGCAAGAGCAAUGCCGUGA